GCACAGCCACAGCGAGCCCACCAUGGCCAAGGUGCUGCCUGCCUGCCUGCUGCUGGCCCUGCUGCUCCUGCCCCCGGCCCUGCUGGCGCCGCAGGAGCGAGGGCUCAUCUUCAACCUGGACACGGGGGAGCUGUGCCUGCAGAGUGCCCAGUGCAAGAGCGGCUGCUGCCACCGAACCGACGGCCUCAGCCUGGCCCGCUGCGCCCCGAAGGCAGCUGAGACCCAGGAGUGCUCCCCAAAGAGCCUCUAUGGGGUCUACUACAAGUGUCCCUGUGAGAGCGGCCUGACCUGCGAGACCGACAGAACCAUCGUGGGCUCCAUCACCAACACCGACUUUGGGAUCUGCAUGGACCCCCAUGAGUCCAGGAGGCGGUGAAGGAAGAGCCCCCCGUGCCCCUCUGUGCUGCCCCUGCCUUGCCCCCUCUCCUGGGUUUAGCUUUAGUGGGAGAAUUUGAAUAAAGACCAGCUUCUGCCGA